GACACCUGCCCGUCAAACCCUGGGUUCGGUCUCCUUACCUCUCCCCUUUAUACCGUCUUUUCUCAUCUUGAGCUGUUCCCAUACAAAAGUCGCUUCUUCUUCCUCUCCAGCGUCGCCUUCUUUUCAUUACCCUUUGAUACCCCUCUUUUGACAACACUUCUUGCAGUCCCCUCCGCUUGAUUCUGGCACUGGUUGAGGGAACAAUCAUCUGAACCUCAAAACUCCAUAGUUCCGACAAGAUGUGUGGAAUUUUCGGAUACAUCAACUACCUGGUGGAGAAGGACCGCAAGUUCAUUCUUGACACGUUGGUCAACGGUCUCUCUCGCCUCGAGUACCGUGGAUACGACUCGGCCGGUCUCGCCGUUGAUGGCGACAAGAAGAAGGAGGUCUAUGCCUUCAAGGAGGUCGGCAAGGUCGCCAAGCUGAAGGAGCUGAUCGACUCGUCCGACCUUGACCUGGAGAAGACCUUCGACUCACAUGCCGGUAUCGCACACACGCGGUGGGCCACCCACGGUCCUCCAUCGCGCAUCAACUGCCACCCUCACAGGUCAGACCCUACCUGGGAGUUCUCGAUUGUUCACAAUGGUAUCAUUACCAACUACAAGGAGUUGAAGACGCUCCUGGAGAGCAAGGGCUUCAAGUUCGAGACCGAGACCGACACAGAGUGCAUUGCCAAGCUGGCCAAGUACCUGUACGACCACAACCCCAAGCUGGGCUUCACCGACCUGGCCAAGGCUGUCAUCAACGAGCUCGAGGGUGCCUAUGGUCUGUUGAUCAAGUCGGUGCACUACCCCCACGAGGUCAUCGCCGCCCGUAAGGGUUCACCGCUCGUCAUUGGCGUCAAGACCUCCAGGCGCAUGAAGGUCGACUUUGUCGAUGUCGAGUACGCAGACGAGCACAGCCCUCUGCCGGCCGAGACGGCCUCGCAAAACGUUGCGCUCAAGAAGGCUGGUCUGGGCAGCAGCUUGCUCAGCCCUGCCUCGGCAGCUGGUGGCCUUACUGCUCCCGACAAGUCGCUCCUGCACCGCUCGCAGUCGCGUGCUUUCAUGACCGAUGAUGGUCUUCCCAUGCCCACCGAGUUUUUCCUGUCCUCGGACCCGUCGGCCAUUGUGGAGCACACCAAGAAGGUUAUGUACCUGGAGGACGACGACAUUGCUCACAUUCACGAGGGCUCUCUCAACAUCCACCGUCUCAAGAAGGCCGAUGGCAGCUCCAACGUCCGCACCAUCCAGACCCUUGAGCUGGAGCUCCAGGAGAUCAUGAAGGGCAAGUUCGAGCACUUCAUGCAGAAGGAGAUUUUCGAGCAGCCCGAGUCGGUUGUCAACACCAUGCGUGGUCGUCUCGACAUUGAGAACAAGAAGGUCACCCUGGGUGGUCUGCGGUCAUACAUCAGCACCAUCCGCCGAUGCAGGCGUAUCAUCUUCAUUGCCUGCGGCACAUCAUACCACAGCUGUAUGGCCGUCCGUGGUAUCUUUGAGGAGCUGGCAGAAAUUCCCAUCGCUGUUGAGUUGGCAUCCGACUUCCUCGACAGGCAAGCACCAGUGUUCCGUGAUGACACGUGUGUUUUCGUCUCUCAGUCUGGUGAGACUGCCGACUCCCUGAUGGCUCUGCGCUACUGCUUGGAGAGGGGCGCCCUGACCGUUGGUAUCGUCAACGUUGUCGGUUCUUCCAUCUCUCUCCUGACGCACUGUGGUGUCCACGUGAACGCCGGUCCCGAAAUCGGUGUUGCGUCCACCAAGGCCUACACUUCGCAGUUCAUCGCCAUGGUCAUGUUUGCCCUGUCACUUAGCGAGGACCGCGCCAGCAAGAUCGCUCGUCGUGAGGAGAUUAUGGAAGGACUCUCCAAGAUCUCUGACCAGAUCAAGGAGGUGCUCAAGCAGGACCAGGUCAUCAAGGACCUUUGCUCCAAGACGUUCAAGGACCAGAAGUCGCUGCUGUUGCUCGGUAGGGGUUCGCAAUUCUCAACUGCCCUGGAGGGUGCCCUCAAGAUCAAGGAAAUCUCGUACCUGCAUUGCGAGGCUGUCAUGUCUGGCGAGCUCAAGCACGGUGUCCUGGCUCUGGUUGACGAGAACCUCCCCAUCAUCAUGAUCCUGACGCGUGACAACAUCUUCAAGAAGUCGCUGAACGCUUACCAGCAAGUCGUUGCCCGUGGUGGAAAGCCCAUCGUCAUUUGCAACCCGGCCGAUGAGGAGUUUGGCGCCAACGAUGCCGAGAAGAUCGAGAUCCCCAAGACGGUCGACUGCCUCCAGGGUAUCCUGAACGUCAUCCCACUCCAGCUUAUUUCAUACUGGCUUGCCGUCAUGGAGGGACUCAACGUUGACUUCCCCAGGAACUUGGCAAAGUCGGUGACUGUCGAGUAAACGUUGUUUCUCUUGUUAUUUUUUUUUGUCCUCUGGGGGCUUAAUCCCACUUCUUGCUUUGCUUUACAGAAGGAUGGCGCUCGCUGUCGAUAUGACGUGAGAUCGCCCCAAGCAUAUUUCUAAUGGGUUGAAGACAAAAGCGCCCGGGUAGAUGUGGCGUAACGACGGUAUCUUCUCUUUCGUUUGCUCCUACUGGCUAGAAAUACAGCAACGCGAGAGUUGGGUCAGGAUAGAUGGGUCCAUGUAUUUAAAUGAUUUGAAUGUUAGCAAGGAUAAUGUUUCUCUGUUCAUCUGACUUGGCAAAAGCGUCUCAUGAGCCUCGGUCAAUGAUGCAUAUUAUCGAC